AUGGAGGAAGAAGACAAGGACCACGCCCACCAUCAGUUCGACCUCCCCCCGCUCACCCUCGAUCCUCCCAGCCAGGACAAGUCUAACUAUCGCUGCAAGUAUGAUCCCGCCCUGGACAGCAGCCUCGUCAAGAAGAGCGCCGGGCCACUCUACCGGCACUCCAAACCAGUCCUUACCAUCAAUUCCAACCCAAGCCGUGAUCCAAGGCUCAAGCUGGCCUAUCCCUCGCCGCUCUCUACCCAUCCAACGACCGCCUCCGGUCGAUCGGCUCUCAUCGCCGGCCUCUCCCGCUCAUCCCGUACCAGGCAAGCCUUCCAUUCGAGGGUCGAGCUCAUACCAUCCUAUCCAUACGACCGAAACUCUCUUGGCCCCCCUCCCCCGCCACCCCCUGCAGCGAUCCUGAUCACCAUGCUUGAUAAAUUGGUAACCGGUGAACAGGUACGGAGUCAUUUCUCUCAGUUUGGCCGGAUUGCCGAAUGUGAGAUCAAACUGGACCCUCAGACCGGCGGUUCGCUGGGUAUCUGCUGGCUACGAUUCCUCAAUAAUAUCACUCAUCCCACUGCUGACUCUCGUCACAGUUCAUCUCAAACCGCGACUAUCAACAACAACAACCACAGCAGCAGCAGCAGCAGCAAGCAUCGAGACCAACAGGAUGGUCAUCAGUGUGCACUAGCUGCCGUCAAAAAGGCCAAUGGAGCCAGGAUCGGUUGCAUGUUGAACAUGGGCCCUGCUCCACCCACCUCAGGAUCAUUAUCAUCCAGGCGACCAUCAUCAAACAGCAAACCUCACUACGGCAUUCGUUGCCAGUUGGAUGGCCAGGGUACAAAAUGCGAACAAGCCGUGGCUGAGCAACUCGAUCUUCUCUAUCCCCCUCUACCUUUCCAACCUCCAAUCCAAGACCUCAGCCCUCCACCCCUACCACCUCCGCCACUACAACCUGAACCAGAUCCGUCCUCUCCACUCCUUUUCGCCCAACCGCCCUUACUCUCGCCUUCAACCCAACCACUCGCCGGUCCGAAUUCAUCCCAUCCGUCAGUUCCAGCCCCUGAUCAUCCCACUACUCAACAACAUCUUGACCUUGAAUCUGAAAUUUCGAACCGAACACCCAAUUCUUCCCAGCCAACACCUCAUUCUCUGCAGAAUCCAGUCCACCAAUCCACUAGACCCGACAGCCAUGCACAUGACCAGUCUCUCGUCCACUCCAAAAUCAACCCUCGCUCUCAACUACCAUUAUCGUCUCUGCCCCCACCGCCACCACCUGCGACUGCUCCACCAACUCAUCCACCGACAAAUCCCUCGGCGAUGCGCAACAGAGGUCAUUCUCGGCCCCCUUCCCCCUCGACUCAGCAUUCACCAAGACCAUCAUUCAAAUCUUCGAUCCCAGAACCAUCACGCCUUUCAUCGAGUCUGGCCAGUGCAAAGACGCCUAUUGGCCUCAAGACCAGUCAUUAUAUUAAACAAGGCCAUAUCACUGGCUCAUCCACUCGAGGUAGAAUCGCCGCAGGGUUUGUUACGGCAGCUCAAACCGCAGCGAUCACGGCAGCAAAAAAAGCAGGUAUCAGCUUGCCUUCUUGGGAGCGAGCGGAGAGGGAUGAAUGGUUGGCUCCGAGGUAUUAUCGUCGAGCACGUAGGAGCCGGUCGAGAAGUGUGGAUUCGAGGCCAUACAUCCGAAGGCGUAGCAGCUCAAGGCUUCGCUCAGACGAUUCCGAGUCGGAGAGUGAAGACGAAGAUGCACGGGAAGAGAGACAGAAAGAAGAGGCACGCGAAGAGUUGAUUCAGAGUCGCACUAUCCACCGUCCUGGGAUACCAGCUCCAAGGACCUACGACCAUCCAAAUCUUCGGCCAGCUCUACCCGGACUAUCCUUGCUAUGGCCUCACAAUCACAUCGGGAUUGAUAAAUCGAUCAAAAUCGAGAUAUUGAGACGACUGUCCGUCAACAACCUCAGCUUUUUAACUAUCAACCGUCUCUCCUUGGCCGAACUUGAGGAUCGUUCCAAGGCUUUUUACGGACAAGCCGAAUUGAAACAAUACUUCUCGGACUUCCAACCCGAACAGAUCAUGACCGACGCGCAGAUGUGGUACAUUACUUUCCUUACUCCCAACAACGCACAGUUGGCAUAUUCGUUUUUUCACUCGGCAAGCUACGUGGGUGCCAAGUUGCCAAUCGAAGUUCACGAACCGAUUACUCCAGAAUAUUAUAGAGAGCUAGUCGAUAACAACCUACAACCAUUACCAGCCCAAAGGAGAUCUAAUGGCGAAGAGCCUAGGGAUUACCGGAAAAGACAACAGAAAUUAGAGGAUGAAGAUGAAGAAAAAAAGCCGGCUGUUCAAGAAAUACAGGAGAAGUACAGGUCCGAAAGUCGUUACAAGCCUAAUGAUUCCGACAGGGCUGAUCGCUCAACUGAAAGUCGACCACAGACAGAUCUUCAACGAGUGGCCAUCAGCAGCACUCCCCAACCUAUUAUUCUCCGACCUCUGAUACAUCUAAAUUCCUGGGAAAACAAUCCUGAUCAGCGAUCGGCAAUUUUGAAAUUACCAUCAUUUUCAAAACGAAAAUCCUUGCAAUCUGUUACCAAGAAUUCCAACCCAGUAGGAUCGCAUGAAAAGACUAACCCGGCUGCUCCUGGGAAGGAUCCUUCGAGUGGGUCGCCUCUUGUUGAAGAUUACGAGUCGGCUGCAUCAACUGGCAGGGCCUCGUCGCAUAAACAAACGAUUGAAGACGAUGACUUUGCCUCAAUUGCUUCUUCCGAUGUCAACAACCCCAAACGACGCAGGCAUACCAGUACUCGAGAACCACGUCAAGUCGUACAGGAGACUGUUCCAUCAUCAUCUCCGACACGUGCCAUGUCGGAUGAUGAACCAGAUAAAAGACUCAGCCAUCCAGUCAACCCGCCUCCGAGAGCGAUCAAGAAACGGGUCGUCCAGCCCCCCAAAAAGCGGCGGUUCCAGAAAGUGGCAUUCACAAGUAGUGAGGAAGAGGAAGCAGAAGAGAAGAAAGACCGGCCACCCAAAAGUAAAAAGUGGAAGCGCGCUCAGUUGGCUGCUGAUAAAGAGGAGAAAGACCAAGCGGUGGUCGAGGUCCCACCUUGUCCUGAGGAGCCCAAAGUGACGGUAGAUGAGAUCAUCCUUGAUUCUCCCGUUGUCGGCUUGAUGCCGUCUCCAAAAACCUUAGAUCCAUUAGCCGACGACCAGUUACCGCCAACGGAAAGCUUUUUGGAAGUCAAACCGAGGCGCAGCAAGAAAGUCCGUCUAUCAGUCCAAGCCCGAUCAUCAGCAAAGAAGGAUCAAAAUGGACGAAUGGUCUCUGACAAGGAGCAGACGGUCCCUAGGCUAGAAGAAGUGGCCGAGGAUGAAGAAGAUCUAUACUUUGUUAAGCUCGCAUUGAGCAGGUCGAGGGCCGGCCGAAGUCUUCAUCCACCGAUCACACAAAAACCCCAAGCGACGGAAGAUUCCAGCUUGCCACACGAUCGAACUAAGAAAGGAGGUCAGGAUCGGUCGAUCGUUCAUUGGCAGCGCAGAGCAAAAGAAAGCAGUCCUCACAGCUCAAGGCCUGGAUCAGAGGAAGAAACGCAACAAGACAAGGCAGCUCAGACUGAAUCACAGGAGAAAGUCCCUGAAGGUGUCGGUAGACAUUCAACAGGCUCUUCACGUACCGAAGGAUACUACCACAUCCCUUCGUCUCAAAAGGCGACAUAUCUGCCUCAACGAAAUAAGGCGAUCAUCGAUGUAGGAUCCCUAACCGCCACGACGGCGACGACGGCGACGACGACGACGACGACGGCCAGUAACCCGAACCAAUUCUCAGCACUUGCACUCUCUAGGUCCACCCGGGUCAACUCGCGCCGAUUCAUCCUCAAUAUGGAACAGAACAAGAAAGCUAGCAUCCUUUCUUCGGGAAACAACCCCGCCAACGACUCCCUCGACUCCUCUCUUCAGCUUCCCAAUCCUGCUCCUCCACUCGACUCGGUCGCCGAUGUCCUCAAGUUCAAUCAGCUGAGGACGAGGAAAAAGCAGUUGAAGUUCUCACGAUCUCCCAUUCAUGACUGGGGAUUGUAUGCGAUGGAGACUAUCCCAGCGGGAGAGAUGGUGAUCGAGUACGUGGGAGAAGUGAUUCGACAGGCGGUUGCCGACCGACGAGAGAAGCUGUAUGAGCGGAUGGGGAUCGGGUCGAGUUAUCUGUUCAGGGUAGACGACGACCUAGUCGUCGAUGCGACCAAGAAAGGAAACCUGGGGAGGUUGAUUAACCAUUGCUGUAAUCCUAAUUGCACGGCCAAAAUCAUCACGAUUAACGGCGAAAAGAAGAUCGUGAUCUACGCUAAAGUGACCAUCGAAUUGGGUGAUGAGGUUACGUACGAUUAUCAUUUCCCGAAAGAGGAGGUCAAGAUUGCUUGUCUCUGUGGUUCAGUGAAAUGUAAAGGAACUCUGAAUUGA